GUUUAAUCACAAACCCUAGGGUUUUCUUUUCACUGCGAACCAGUAGGGACUCCCAUUCCGACUCUUAGCCGCCGAUCUCUCAGGGCUUGCAUCUUCUCAGGUAAGCUGUGAAGAUGUACACAUCAAGGAAGAAAAUCCACAAGGAUAAGGAUGCUGAACCAACUGAAUUUGAAGAGUCAGUUGGACAGGCAUUGUUUGAUCUGGAAAAUACCAAUCAGGAGCUUAAAAGUGAUCUGAAGGAUUUAUACAUAAACUCAGCCGUGCAAGUUGAUGUUUCUGGAAACCGCAAGGCUGUUGUUAUUCAUGUCCCUUACAGAUUAAGGAAAGGUUUCCGUAAGAUUCAUGUUAGGCUUGUCAGGGAGCUUGAGAAGAAGUUUAGUGGCAAGGAUGUAAUCUUGGUUGCCACCCGGAGGAUUUUGAGGCCACCGAAGAAGGGUUCUGCUGCUCAGCGUCCUCGCAGCCGCACUCUUACUGCUGUUCAUGAAGCAAUGCUGGAGGAUGUUGUAUUGCCUGCUGAGAUUGUUGGGAAGCGUGUGAGGUACCAAAUUGAUGGAUCCAAGAUUAUGAAGGUUUACUUGGACCCAAAGGAGCGAAACAACACUGAGUACAAGUUGGAGACUUUUGCUGCAGUGUACAGGAAGUUAUCUGGAAAAGAUGUUGUGUUUGAGUAUCCUGUCUCAGAGUCUUAGUUUCACUUUUGUUAGCUUUGAGAAUUUGUUCGGAGAAUUGCAUAUGGAGUAUGCUGGUUAAAAUUUUGGUGACAAAUUGACUUUCAAUCUGGAAUUCGUUUUCUGAUUUUUGGAAGUACUAUUUCUGGUUUUUUCAAUGUAGUAUUUGAGCUUUAUUUAUUAUAAAAUUAAGUUUCUUUUA